CACAGCUGGGCUCAGUGCGCCCGUCUCCUCCUAUCCUCCGCUCUACCCCUCUGUUUCUCGGACUUCAAAUUAAUCUCACACUGUUGUUUUUUUUAAAAAACGCACCAUGGAUGCUACCAUUUAUGAGAUCAUAUUCGGAGAGCUCGGGGACCUGAACUGUAGUUUGAUUGAAGCUUUCCAAGACACUUUUUUGGAGAACGCAUCAUUGUCGUCGCUGAGCACUGAUGGUAUAUAUUGCAAUGCAACAACCGACGAGAUUGGAACCUGCUGGCCACGGAGCAUGAGCAGCAGGAUUGUAGAGAGACCCUGCCCUGAAUACAUCAACGGAGUGAAGUACAACACAACGAGAAGCGCUUAUAGAGAAUGUAUGGAUAAUGGGACAUGGGCGCUGAAGAGCAAUUACUCCAAUUGUGAACCCAUUUUGGAGGAAAAGAGAAAAUAUCCAAUGCAUUAUAAGAUAGCGCUGAUCAUCAACUACUUGGGCCACUGUAUCUCCGUGGGCGCUCUAGUUGUGGCCUUCAUUCUCUUCUUGUGCUUAAGGAGCAUACGAUGUCUUCGAAACAUCAUCCACUGGAAUUUGAUCACCACCUUCAUACUGAGAAAUAUUAUGUGGUUUUUGCUUCAGCUGAUCGACCACAAUAUCCAUGAGAGCAAUGAGCCUUGGUGUCGAUUAAUCACAACGAUAUACAACUACUUUGUGGUGACAAACUUUUUCUGGAUGUUUGUUGAAGGAUGCUACCUUCACACAGCCAUCGUCAUGACUUAUUCAACUGAUAAGCUGAGAAAGUGGGUCUUCCUCUUCAUCGGUUGGUGUAUUCCAUGUCCUAUAAUUGUGGCCUGGGCCAUUGGAAAGCUGUAUUAUGAAAAUGAACAAUGUUGGUUUGGUAAAGAACCUGGAAAAUAUAUGGACUACAUUUACCAGGGACCAGUUAUUCUUGUGCUUCUGAUAAACUUUGUUUUCCUCUUCAACAUAGUAAGAAUACUCAUGACCAAGCUAAGAGCUUCAACCACGUCUGAAACAAUACAGUACAGGAAAGCCGUGAAAGCAACACUUGUCUUGCUACCUCUGCUGGGCAUCACCUACAUGCUCUUCUUUGUGAAUCCGGGGGAGGACGACAUCUCACAAAUUGUUUUCAUCUAUUUCAACUCCUUUCUACAGUCCUUUCAGGGCUUCUUUGUGUCAGUUUUUUACUGCUUUCUAAAUGGAGAGGUACGCUCUGCAGUGAGGAAACGGUGGCACCGCUGGCAGGACAACCACGCCCUUCGAGUGCGAGUGGCCCGAGCCAUGUCCAUCCCGACGUCUCCCACCAGGAUCAGCUUCCACAGCAUCAAACAGACCACAGCUGUGUGACCCGGGGCCGGCGGAGGGGAGGGGGGGCAGCGGCAAACAUGUAAUAUCCACUACAGCCUCUAAAAGGGAACGGACUUAAUCUUUUUAUCCAGUACAGACAAUGAAGCGACUCACAGAGCCAACCAGAGGACGCCCGGUGCGACUGAAGAUCCGGGCAGAUUCGUAGACUAAGAUUUGGGCUUUUCUGAAGAUUAGAGUAUUUAAAGGGACAUGUUCAUCGUCAUCUUAUCACCUCAUAGCGAGUCUUAUCUAAAUAAUCUUGCAGUGUUCUUAUCGCUGUCAUCGUCUGUUUAGUGGUGCAGCGAGAUAAUCCCACAGGAUUUGCAACAGGAUAUAUAGGCUAUAACAGCUCAUCCACUUAUCUGCAUGCUACUUGUUACUCUGAAGUAGGGUAACAAGAAAUACUUGAGAUUUGAUGGACACUCCAGUGCAGAAAUAGACGUUUUUCUUUAUAAAAUAAAAAAAAAAAGCCCUUUGAGGAAACUCUUCUCUCAUCAAGAGCUUUUUUUUUUUUUUUUUGCCAGAUAGGAAAGAUGGAAUAAGAGAGUUCAUCUGAAUUAAAUAUCAAAAAAAGAGCACGGACUAAUAAAUAGGGCACAAGAUCUGAUGGAGUCACCUCUCUCAGGAGUGGAGAGGGACUGACCAUAUUUAAUGAGGAGUUUAAAUUCACAAAGACGAAACCAGUAAUUUGCUCCGGCCACUGCCAGAUGUCUGUUUCACGCAAACCAGCCGUUACAGAAGAGCCUUUAUAAUCUGUCUUCAGAGGAGCCCCGUUUCUUAUUCUUCGUCUCUGCGUUGUUUUGUGUACAAUCUUUGUAGAGUUUUAUAUAUUAUUUGUCAUACUAUACUGUAGGAAACAUUGUUAAAAUGCUUGUUCCGAAGGUUUGCCUCCUCUCCGUUCCUGCUAUGUAUUACCGCCUCUAUUUUUAAACGCCACCUUUGUGAGACGUCUCUUUUUUGAGAAGCAGGGAGGCAACAUAAAGACCGAUUUAUUGUGGUAUGAGUAUGAACUCCCUAAGGCUCAUAGAAGAGGAGUCACAAUUUCAAGUUCUCUUCCAAACGAGUUCAGAUUAUAUAUAUUAUUUUAUGACCUGAAAGUGAGCCCUAGUGUAUGUACCACAUAUACAUACACGCAUGCAAAUGCGUGGCUCUCUCGCUCAGGCGCAGCGGAAGAAGAUUAAAUUCUUUUGGCUUUGUGAAAUCCCUUGCAGCUUUUUUCGUAAUCAGUGUCACAACUAAUCUUCGGGUUCAAAGGAGAAGCCUGGUGAAGUGAGAACCAGUCGCUUCCCCAAACACUUGCCCAGUCAGGUCAGCGCGCUCCCUGCCCGACGUAACAGAAGCAAGCAUGUGUCUGGCUUUAGUAGCGCUGAAGGAUGAAGAUAAAAGGAAGUAUUUGCUUUGAAAAGGAUUAUGAAGAUAAUCACGAGUCUGACUUCACCUUGAAGGCUCCCGUUUUGAUGCAGAUGAUCCUCUGUGCGUCUCAACUUUAAUAAUAUAUUCUAUUAUUAAUAUUUAUAUAUGAUUAAGAAUGUUAAAAGGGGAUUUUUUUGGGGGGGAUGCACUCAUUCACUUUGUUGUAGAGAUGGCAAAAUCAAUACUACACCCAAAUAACCUAAAUCUGGUUAACCAGGAAUCCGCAUUUCUUGUUUGUGUUCUGUUUGUACAAAACAAAACACUUUACAUAAUGCGUUAAUUAUGUUGGUGAGUCACAAAACUGACUAUUUUUAUUGAAUUUUAGGUGGUUUUGCAUUUAUUUAUUUAUUUGUUUGUUUGUUUGUUUAUAGUUUGGUUUAUUAGAGUUCAGGCUGAAUUGACCGGGACAGUGAUUACAUGUGUUUGCGUGGGUUGUAUAGAACAUGAAAUAUUCCAUUGCCUCUUGAUGUAAAAUGUACAUUUUUGUAUUUUGUAAACGUUACAUUACUUACAUUGCGGAAGACCAACGUGCUGCCUGCCUGGACCGACGCUAGCGGGGGUGCACUGAAAGUUAAUCACCCGAAGCAAAACUUUGGAUGUAAAUAUGUUCGACUGCAUUUCUGCGGCGUCACAACUCCGACCAACGUUGCGCGCACAAAGUACUGCUUUGAACUGUGGUAGUGAAAUAUUUUCAUACAGAUGUUUGAAGAAAAGGAAACUCAUUACUACUUCAGACUCACCAAAGAGAUGGACCAUGUUUACCAACUUGUAGUUUUUGUUUUUCUUCUUUUUUACAUCUAUACAUUUCUAUUGUUGCCGCUGGACUUUAUAGAUCGAAUCCCGUUGACUUUUUUUGUACAUCGGUUACUGGACAUGUAGUGUAUGUUGGACAGUGUGAUGUCAGGUCGGCUGGUUUUAUGUAAACCUCUUCGUUCAACCACCCAUGAUGCCUUACAAACAAAAAGAAAUGCAUUCUUUUGUGUGUGAAAAGAAAGCUGUUGUCUCGAUAAAUGUGUCAUUGUGUUACUGUGAUACACUCGUACACGUGGAGGAUAAAAAUAUUGAAUUGAAUUAAAAUGAUACUCUUUCA